AUGGUUCGUGGAGCAGCAAAGGCGCAAGCGCAAGCCAAGAAUCAGGCAAAGGCGAACUCUAGCAAGGAGGCCAAAUCUCAGUUGGACAGUCGAGGUGCAGCUUUGAAAUUUGCAUGCAAAGUCUGCAAGGCUCCUGCGCCUGUGAGUUCGGAGGGACGAGGAUUUGGGGCGAUGAGGGAGGGAAUGGGCGAGCAAGGGCCAGGCGAUGGUUGGUGCGGGAGGUAAUGAAGGGCAGGUGGGGCACUACUGCUCCAUGGCGGCGAGAGGUGGCUCGAUAGUGCCAAUCAUCCUGAGCAUUCAGACACGAGGUGGGAAUACCGGGCAGCCAUCGUACCCGCAACGGUGGUGCGCUACUCCGAGGCGGGUUUUGCCAUCUGCCUUGUCAAAUCGCGAAGACGCUGACAUUUCACUUCUAUCACCUCGCACACCUCGCAUACAUACCAGUCAUACAAGACGCUCGUGAUCCACUAUGACUCAAAACAUCCCAAGGAGACUUGUCCUUCAGAAGCCAGCUUCGCAGCAUAG